AUGACGCCCUUCGGCUCAACGGCUGACUCGCAAGCCGCGCUGGCCACUGUGCAUGACUCGCUGUCCAAAGUGCGCGAAGCGCUGCGCGACUGCAUCUCGCUUCAGCCGCCGCCCGUGCCCUCCGCGCCCAUCAGGCGGCCGUCUCAAAAAAUCCUCGCAUACACCGUGAUGGCCAAGGUCGCGCACGACGCCAUCAUCCGCAAGGUCGACUCAGCGCGGCGCAACUCGCAGGCCGACAUCGCUAUGCUACAAAAGCUCCGCCAGCGCUCCGCUUGCCUCGGCUACGAGCGCAUGCUCCUGGAGAGGCAGAUCGACGCGCAGCGAGCCGUCAAGGCCCCGACGGUGGACAAAGUAUCCGUCAAAUUGCCGCACCCGGCCCCGCAGAAUGCCUCGGAAGAGGAGUCCAUGGACGUGCAUAUCGACACCAUCAAAGCCCUCUGCGCCGAGCUUCAGAAGAGGCAGCGUGUCCGCGAUGAGGUCGACGGCCUGGUCAAGCGGACGAAGAGGAAGAGGGAUCAACUCGUAACUAUGAAGGACGACCUUCGCUCUCUGCCCAGGGCCGUAGCGACGUUGAGGAAUGCGAUUGAGCCGGUGCGCAAGCUGCUCAAAGUCGGCGAGGAGCUUGCGGCUAGCCCGCCAGAGCUGGCACAGAUCAGGUUAUUGCCAGUCCCGUUGUAUGUGCUUACACGGGAGGCAUUCGCCUUCCGCACCAUGUUUCCAAAAAUCUUGAACAUCUCCCUUUUGGAGGAGCAGGCCAAACUUGAGGGGGUUUACCGCCCUCAUCCACGGCUUGUGCGCAUGGAUAUACAGGCGGGCGAGCAUAUAGGUGCGGGUGUGUGCUUGCAAGUGUUUUUCAGGUUUCAUCCAGAGUUGCACGUGGUUACUGUGACAUCGCGGAUAGCAAAUAGCGAGCAACCGUCUGCCAAGAUGGACGGAAAGCUUUUGCAAUUGCUCUUCCCUUAUGAUGUUGGCGAGACGUCGCCAAACCCGUGCAACUCACACCUGGAGAACGGGGCGUUUUCAUUUGAUGUAUCAAAGGCUGGAGGGGCAAGACCAUUUGUAUGGGCAAACCUACUAUGUGGUCUUCCGUGCUUGGAGCGGUUUGAUACGGUGAACGAGAUAGUAGGGGCUGGGUGGCCUACUGAAGCAGCCGGCCAUGAGGCGCAUAUUCGGUUCAAGGAGACGGUACUUUCGCUUCAGAAUCGUUUAUGCAUGGAAGUGGCUCUGCGAAAGCAGUUGGAGGCUCUUCAAGCAAAACGAAUGCCCAUUCAGGCAGGGGAUUUGGGGUUUAUGGUGGAACCAGAGGCACGUUUGGAAAUGUUUGCAAAGUGUAAGUCAAGGGAUGAAGAGAGCAAGAACGGCCUGGGGGGGGAUAAUGUGAAUGUGAUGUUUAGAGAGGUAUGGGAGAUGCGAGUGUGGAGCGGAGAGCUGACGAUGGGCUGUGAUGUGGGUAUUGCAUCCAACUAUCCAACGGGGACCCCGUGUUUCAGGUUAAAACUUGAAAAAGAGCAGAGGGAUAUCAGUGAGGCAGAUAUGCUAAGACUGGAGCAGAAAGUCAACAUGUAUAAGAUGGAAGGUGACCUGGAGGAUAAGAGAGAGUUGUUGCUAAGUGGUCAAAUUUUGACAUUGUUGGAGGGUGUGGAUAAGCUGCAGGGAGAACGAAGUAGUUCUGGGAAGGCUCGAGUGAAACGCGGGACGGAGAAAGUACCACCGAGUCUAGCUCGGUUACUCACGUGA